AAAGGGAAUUCGCGCUCGGUUCGGUCCGUGAAGGAGGGCGAACGGUAAAGCUGCGCAGGACGCAGGAGCAGCUCCUGGUGAUGGUGAAGAUGGCGGAUGGGGACAGUGGGAGUGAGCGCGGUGGAAGCAGCGGCGGUGGAGGGGGUGGAGGCAGCGGUGGCUUUCCGCACUUUCAGCGGGACCAAGAGACCCAGGAGCUGGCCUCCAAGCGCCUUGACAUCCAGAACAAGCGCUUCUACUUGGACGUGAAGCAGAACUCGAAGGGCCGGUUCAUCAAGAUCGCCGAGGUCGGCGCCGGGGGCUCCAAAAGUCGCCUGACACUUUCCAUGUCGGUCGCCGCGGAGUUUCGCGACUACCUGGGAGAUUUCAUAGAGCACUACGCCCAGCUGGGGCCCAGCACCCCGGAGCAGAUCGCCCAAUCCUCGGGCGGCGAUGACGGCGGGCCAAGGCGGGCUUUGAAGAGCGAGUUCCUGGUGAGGGAAAACAGAAAAUACUACCUCGAUCUGAAGGAGAACCAGCGGGGGAGGUUCCUCCGGAUCCGCCAGACCGUCAACCGCGGGCCCGGGUUUGGGGUCGGCGGAGGAGGAGGCGUGCCCGGUGGAGGAGGCAUGCUGUCCGGACAGACGAUCGCUCUCCCGGCUCAAGGACUAAUAGAGUUCCGCGACGCGCUGGCCAAGUUGAUAGACGACUACGGCGGCGAGGACGAGGAGCUGGUCGGCGGAGGAGGCUGCGGCGGCGGAGGUUACGGGGAGCUUCCCGAGGGCACGUCGAUCACGGUGGACUCGAAGCGCUUUUUCUUCGACGUGGGCUCCAACAAGUACGGAGUGUUUCUGAGGGUGAGCGAGGUCAAACCCAGCUACAGGAACUCCAUUACGAUACCGUUCAAAGCCUGGAGCAAGUUCGGGGGAGCUUUCUGCCGCUACGCCGAAGAGAUGAAGGAGAUACAGGAGAGGCAGAGGGAUAAAAUGUACGAAAGGAGAGGAGGAGAAGAGUCGGAGGGCGACGACGUUGACGAUGACUGAUCCAGUCAGCUGGUCUGUUGUGUUUUUGACAACUCCGUGAGGCAAGAAAAUAAUAAUAAAAAUGUGCAUGACGAAUCGAACUUUAGUGCUAAAACUAUGGCGAAUAAAGUUGUAUGACUGAGAAACACUGUCGUAAAUAAAAAAACAAAACAAAAAAA